AUGCCAGGUUCGGAUGAUCUUGGUCAAUGGUAUAAGAGUAUACCACCAAUAACUCGUGCUUGGUUUACAGAUUCUAUUAUUGUACCUGUAGCAAUUGCAUUAAAAUUAGUGGAUCCAUUUCAAUUGAUUUUGUAUGCCGAUCCAAUUAUAAAACAGUUUCAAUUUGUUUCUUUUUUUGAAUUAGGUACAUUUAAAGGUAAACCAGCUGAUUAUAUAUUUUGUUUAAUAUUUCUUUGGAUAUGUAACAUCAUUGUGGGUUUGAUUAUUUCAAUGCCUGGAUUGAUGGAUAGUAUGGUUAUGAGUGUAGUUUAUAUUUGGUGUCAAUUAAAUAAGGAAACAGUCAUGUCAUUUUUGUUUGAAACACAAUUCAAAGCAAUGUAUAUGCCAUGGGUAAUUAUGCUAUUCUAUUGGAUUGUUGAAGGAUCAUUUCGAGAGAAUUUGUGUGGGAUUAUUGUUGGUCAUCUUUAUUUUUUUCUUGCCUUUAAAUAUCCACAAGAGUUUCGAGGUGCACAAUUACUACGUACGCCUCGUUUUCUCAAUGGUGGUAAUGGUUUAUCACAGCGUACAUUAGCUGAAAGAUAUAAUAUUUCACUUGGUUCUGUAUCUAAUAUAUUAAAACGAAAAGAAGAAUAUUUACAUGAUUAUGAAACUAAUCAGAAUCAAAAUGUUAAACGAAAAUUCAAAAGUUUUGAUUCAGUAAAACUUGAUCAACAAGUUUAUGAAUGGUUCGUACAUCAACGUUCAAAAAAUAUACCAAUAUCCGGAACCAUCUUACAAGAAAAAGCACGAGAAAUAGCAAAAUUAUUAGGUGAUAAUUUUGAUGAAUUUAAAGCAUCCAAUGGAUGGUUAGAAAAAUUUAGAAAAAGACACAAUAUUUCUCAUCGUGUUAUUAGUGGUGAAAGUUCAUCGGUGGAUGUUACAAGUGUAAAUGAUUGGAUACAACGGUUACCGAACAUUACUGAACAUUAUGAAGCGAAAAAUAUCUUUAACUGUGAUAAAACUGGAUUGUUUUAUAAACUUUUACCUGAUAAAUCAUUAACAUUAGAUAGAGAGAGUUGCAAAGGUAGAAAAAAAUCGAAAGAUCGAAUUAGUAUCUUAUUUUGUUGCAAUUCGACUGGUGAAGAAAAAUUAAAACCUCUCGUGAUAGGUAUUGCAUUAUUUUUUAAACACUGA